AUGGCUGCCCUUAUUCGGGAUGCUCCUACCUUAGUGCUUGCUGAAGACCCCUCCACGCAAGAGACCCAAACUCUGGUGGUGGAGACUCAGGAGCAGCAGGCCAAUGGUGCUUCCCAGGCAGAGCCACAGGCCGAUGGUGCUUCCCAGGCAGAAGAGCCGCAGGCCGAUGGUGCUUCCCACGCAGAGCCGCAGGCCGAUGGUGCUUCCCAGGCAGGUGCUUCCUCGGCUUUGCAGACAAAUCCAGCAUCUACGUCUACUGGUGGUGAUGGAGACGAGCAAGGUGUGCGAGAUGUGCAAAAGGCCAUCGUCAACUUUGCUUCGUACCACAAGCUAGAUGUGUCGGCAGUGACGAAGAAGCAGGUGAUCGACUCUACCGAAGGCAUCAUGUUCUGGGCUACGCAAAAGGAAGAUCUUUCGGCCCGUGGCUCGCAUGCUCAGCAGAUGAAGCGAGCCAUGAAGUGGCGACCAGACAUGAGUGCCGCUUACAUGGUACUCACCGAUGCGAUGAAGCUCGAGUUUCGACGUGCUUGGACGGCUACCAAGUCUUUCGACUUUAUGGUCACGACUCGUACCACCUCUACGUCUUUCAGAAAAAGACGUGAUGAAAUCGGAAAGUUUGUUACCAAGCUUCAGUUGGUCAACAUCCUCGGCGGCACCGAUCAACCUGAAGCAGUGAGGCAGGCGGAUCGCUACAUUGCUAUGUGCUCACGACCGGGCUUGAAGGACGAAAGCUUUCUCAACUUCGAGUUCUGCACCCUCUACAACGAUUGGUUGGAUGCCAUGACCUAUUUUUGGGUGGAGACGUUGAUUUCAUCGAGCAACGAGCAGCAGUGGACCAACACGGUCACAGUGGAAACUAGGGAGACUGUGCCCAACAGCCUCGCCGAGAAGGUCAAUGUGUGCCAAGCACUACGUGCUUAUGCUCAUGCGAUGCAGAAGCCUCUUAACCAGGUCUCUGAAAAGGAUGUUGCCGAGACUACUUUGGGUAUCAAGGGCUACGCCGAGCUCUACAAGACCAUGUCCCCCGAAGCCCAAGCAAACUUCCCGAGGAAGGAUGGCAGCAACAACGCAGCCUUCACCAAGACUGGAAAGGAUGCUGUUGAAGCAGGCAGAGCCAAUAAGAGAACCAAGCAGGCGGCUGAGGAAGCCGAUGGCAAUGGAAGUCCUGGCCCGGACGGCUCUGACACUCCGAACCCGAAAACCAAAACCAAGAAGGACCAGACAGGCCCUAAGAAAGAGAAGGAAGUGAAAGAGUUCCUGGCAAUGGAACAAAGCUCAGAUGUGGCCAUCGGCCGUGUGAUGCAUGAGAAAGCAAAAAACCCCGAUGGCUGGACUUGGGCUUCUGACCUGCUGGCCUCCUACAAGAACUUUCGCACUGAGGUUCUCAAGCUCUACUGCGACAACCCUGACUUCCAAUCGCUCAAGGUGGCAGCCCUCAGCCCCAAGGAGAGUGCAAAGAUCAAGAAGGAGCACGGCGACGGCUACGUGGGCAAGCUGGUGGAGUUUGUCACUGUCCUGGGGCCGCCGAUCACCAAGAUGGCCGAGGCAGCCUUCCAAAUUGAGCAAAUGGCGAGUGCCAAACUUUCGGCCGCAGAAGUCACCGUCGCCAACGACGACAUGCGGCAGAAGCUCUAUAGGAUUUUGAUUUAUCGCCGAAAGACCCGGGGCCGAACUUUGUCGAAGGCUUUCCCUGCUCUGGGCCUCCCGAAGGGCAGCCGCCUGGAGCCGUCAGCUGCAAUGCCUGAUGUUGCACUUUUCGAUAGCAUGACUACUCCCUUUAUCUGCCAGUUUUACCUUGGUGGUGAGCAUGGAAGGGUUUUGCACGACAGCCCUUUUCUUCGGAUACCUGGUGUCAGCCUUGCCACAUGGAAUAUUGACCUUCUUCACACGUGGCAUUUUGGGCCGCUAUCUACCUUUAUCACAGUGACUUUGAGAAGGUUUUUGGACACUGACAUUUGGAAGCCAUCAAUCGUGGGGCUAGACAAAGAAGAGCUCAACAAACUUUCUUUGCUCUGCAUGAGAGCUGAACUACAAAGCCACUACAAGCUGCGACGGCAAACUGACCCGAACUGGUCGAAGAAGGGCUCCGAGGUCUGGAAUCUGACGCUUUCGAUGCUUGCGGAGAAGCACUUGAAAGCCAAAGCGGCCGAGACGCACGGAUUGCUCGCAUUCGUGUGUGAGAUGUUGCAAAAGUACAGUCAUCAGCUGUCGACCAGCGGCAGCGAACAGGACCAGUUGUUUUUUGAGCUUUUGCGACACGCCGGGCAAAGUGCCCUGGCUUUUGAUGCUGUGCUGGCCAGACAUGGCCGACAAAUCGAUGAAGGAGCUGCCGAAGAGAUGCUGAUGCAUUACAACCGCUUCAUCGUACUGUGCAAUCGUGCUGGCCUUCCGAUAUUGCCCAAAGCCCAUUUGAUGUACCACUGCAUCCAGAGGUCUGUCGAACAGGGCAACCCGCGAACAUACACAACAUACGUGGAUGAGUCUUACAAUGGGGCGAUUGCCAGAGUCUGUCGGUCGGUGCACAGACGAGGCUGGGCUUAUGCUGUCUAUCGCAAACUUCAGAUUUUGGAAACCGUGAAAGCGGAGUCGCGAACUGGCGAUGGCAUGGAUUGCUCGGGAGGCACGGUUUUCAAACCUUAUUAUAUAAGAUGA